AAGAAAAUAGCAUCUCCUUUCUCGUGUGUGAGUACAGGAAAAAAUUAUAACUUAUUCUCUUGGUGCCAUAUCAAGAAUAAAUACUUUGAAAAAUAACAAAGAAUAACAAAGAAAGUAACUUUAACAAUCAACCAAAAUGGAAAAAGAAAAUGAAGAACGCAAUUGGUAAUAGUGAUUUCACAUACACUCGCUAUCUCCUGUCGAAAAGAAAACAAAAGCUUUACAUCUCAGAACUUUUUCACGAUAUGAAAAAAAUGCAUUUCUAUGACAGUGACUGGAAGUUUUAUUCAAAUUUAUGACUGCGCGAAGUGCUGAUGUCAGCGUUUUCAUAUGAUAAUACAGCUUGCAAAUUACACUCGAUAUGUCUGGCUUGCUUAACCGACAAACAAAGAAGUCACUACCUCUUAGAUCGUCUUCCGUCUUCACUGAGAUUAAAGGAUUCACGGCCCGCACGACAGCCUUCUUGACGUACUACAACGACCACAGGAAAGAGAUCGAAGGAUUGUUUGUGUUUCCGCUGGAGCACACACACAUUGUAGCAGAGUUUGAAGCUGUUGUAGAAGGGCAUUACAUUUUUGCUGACAUCAAGCACACUUCAGAUUUGAUUGAGAAAACGAUACUACACAGAGAUGAAGAGAUGCAUGAUGGGAUAUUCAAUGUGUCAAUAGGCAAAAUUCCACCUUGGAUUAUUGUGGAGAUACAAGUUACUACAGUUUGUGAAGUGGGAGUGUUGUUUUAUGGAGAUGCACUGCGAUACACAUUGCCGCAAACGUUUUCGCCAAAAGUAACAACAUAUGAAAACGACAGGAACGACGAGCCGUAUAAGGCUGUAUCCACACUUGGCUAUAGUUUUCAAUUAGAAAUUCUAAUCGAAGCGCCCUGCUUAUUAUGUGGGGUGCAAUCAAACACUCAUCAAAUACAAGUGGAUGCACCGCCCUUGUCACAAACAGGUUCCAAAUUACGUGUCUCUUUGCCCGAUGACUUUGCAUCCACAGAUUCGAUUUUUGAGCUUUUAAUGUUUCUAUGUCGUCCAAGAGAGCCGUAUAUUAUCAUAGAAGAACCCAAGACGGAGGAUCAAAAACAAAAUGAAAAAAAUCCCAUCAGUAACAUUAUGAGCAAUCCGAUCCUCAUGCUAAGCUAUUCACCUGACAUAUCAAACUUUGAAAAAGAACUCCAUGAUAAUUCCACCAAUCAAGUUGGUGAAUUCAUUCUCAUGAUAAACUUUAGUACAUCGCUUAACGCCACUUCAGCCAAUCAAUUUUUAGAAUCAUGCAUGCUGCUUUUGAAAUGUCUGCCGUCAAAUUGCUUUUUUAAUCUGUUAGUACUGACCUCUUCAUAUGACACUCUUUUCACAACAAGCCAAAAGUACUCGCAAGAAAAUGUAGACAAUGCACUAGCUUUCCUAAGCUCUUUGAAAGCACACGAUCACAACGCGUCACUAUUGGAAGCGUUCACGUGGCUGUAUCAACAAGAGGACGCGAGAAGUAUCCCCCGACAAGUUUUUAUCUUGACUAGCGGAAAUAUAAACAACUCAAAUGAGUUGAGUGAGCAAGUUUCGAGGAAGCAUCACAUAGCGAGAUGUUUUACAUUCCACUUCGGCUCGUCAAACAAAAAAAGAACAUUGGAAAGCAUUGCAACGGUAACCAAGGGACAACACUACAACAUCAGUGAAGGAGAGCGACCACACAAAAAGGUGAUUGAAUGUCUUGAAAGAGCUAUUCAGCCGGCUAUUACAAACCUAAAAGUAGCCUGGAUUCUACCCGACGCUUACGACGUUAUUUACACGCCGGAAAACCUAUCGUGUUUAUAUCUUGGAGAUCGUAUGAACUUGUACGCCAUACUUGCGAAUAAAGAAGCAGAAUUAAAUAAUCGAGAAAAACCUAGUGGCUCGAUGAGUUCAGUUAAAGAGUUCUGGUUCGAUGACUUCGACCCGUUUGAAGAACUUGUCGAAAAACAAUGCUCCAGCCAUGAUUUAUUAACCAAUGAGACGACCGAAGAGAACACCCCAGGGAAUAACAACAUAUCACAAAGCUUCUUAAGAGAACACAUCGAACUUCCUACGCAAGAAAAUGAAAACGAGGUCUUCCUCACUGAGGAAGAAGUAUCGCGGUUAGAACAUAGAAUUGGAUGGAAUAAACGUUCUUCCUUAGAUAGGGUGCAGUCAUGGAAAGUUUCAAAGUUUCCCGAAAACAAUGCGGUUGAUUUGGUAAACGACAAAAAAGAGACCUUUGACAGCAACGAUGUGGAUAGGCUUUACUCAAAAUAUCAUACCAAUCGCCGGAAAAAAAGCAGUGAUGGAGGAGAGAGUAUAGGAAGUUCGAAUUCGCAAGGCUCAAAUAUGAGCAGCGGGAGUCACUUAGCUUUCCCAGGGUACCCAACAAGACUGAGUUCGUGCAGAAGCGUCGAGGCUAGGUCACCACAUGUACCCAAGCACAGCGACGACCCAGUUACCUUCACGUUCAGUGAUCACACGAAAGACAGAUAUACCAACAUGUCAGCGUCAAACGAAAAAAUUUACAAGGAAAGAGAAUUCAAAGCAAGAAAGAAGUUAACGCAAGCACUUAUCGACGAGCAUGCUAACACACAUUUACUCGAUCAGUCAAAUGAAGAUGUCAUCGAGCGCCUAUUGGAAAGCAUAACAACAGAGAAAAGACACAAGUUGGAUGAUUGGUUGAGACUACAAGAGGAGAUGACUAAUUGCAAUUGGCCUACAAUAGACCAGGAGCAGAGGAAAUGUUUGUCAGAGAAAAUUAUAUGGAAAGAAACUCACAGAGACAGUGGCAUAGGACAUCGGUCUCUAUCUGAGCCAAGAACAAGCGACAUGGAAGAUGAGCACUGUAUAUCUCACAAAAAGAGUGGGCAGUUUUCCAAAUCCUCGAGCGGAUACUUCGAGCAAGAAGCUAACGAAGCUACAAACACGCAUUGGGUGGACUCUGAAAAUCGCUUGAAAAAUGUCGACACAAAGCAACCAACUCGCUCACAAAAUUUCGCAAGCAUUCCAGACUUAAGUAAAAAACCGAUCAGCGAGACAAAACAACAUAAAAAGAAAAUACGACCGCGAUUCAUGUGGAAUGCUAUAAUAGACAAAGUCAAAACCCUAACAACUGCAGUGACAGAAAGAUCAGGUGAAACUAAUUUUAAAGUAGACAAGAAUUUAAAAAUAAAAGAAAAAAUUAAACGAUUUGAUGAAAACUUCGACACUAAAAACUCCAGCAAAACUGAACUAAGCAAGGACUCAGAACAAAGAGAAACCGUAUUAGUCUCCACAACAUGGCCACAAAGCGAAGCACCCUCAACGAAUGUGGGAAAAAGCGAAUCGAGUAAGAAGUAUGGUAGAUCGAGACAAAGAUACAUUCGAAAUCGGCCGCGAAUUGAGAAUUCUCGUACAAUAAGUACCUCAUCAAUGUUUGAGAUCGGCCAAUCAGAAAUCGGUGACGUUGACAAUCUGCACUUGUUACCCAGUCAUGCGUUAAUUUACUUGUCUGGUCAAUUUGGCAAACGAUCAUUCAAGCGAAUCAUACCGUUCCAGUUGGUUUUCAGUGAAUCAAAACAAAGCACGCCUUCAGAAACAACCGUGCAUCAACUAGCGGCAAAAUCAAUCAUACGAGAUCUGGAAAUCCAAAUGGAUCAGGAUGAAAUGUUAGUUAACAGUGGUCGGAAUUACGUCAAAAAUUUGAUUAGUGACGUCAGCAGUUCAGCACACAUCAUGUCGAAAUAUACAGCGGUGGUUACCAUUGACGACAAAUCAAAAGAGAAUGAAAUACUGAGUGUUCUGAAGUACAACGAACACAAACUUAGUUUUUGCUCGUCAUUAUCUCGCAAACCAUUUGUCAUUAAUAAUGAUCUACGUCGCUCAGUGGAUGCGUUAAAUCUCCAUGACAAGCAACCUUUAUAUGAGAUCAAUAGCGAAAAAAGCGGUACCGAUAGUACAAUAUGGCACACCAAGCUUACGCUAAAGCGACCCUACUACAGUCAGCAAAAAAUAGACAACAAGAAUUUGUCCACGUACAAUUUCUCAAGUCAAACAAAAUACCAAGACAAAACACUCUACAUGAAAAUGGUUGACUUGAUGAUCUCAGACGGUAACUGGAGUUUGACUCACCUAUUCGCCGAAGUGUUAGCAAUAAACUUUUCUCACUUACGGGAAAGUUGCCCGUUUGCAGAUCCAGUAUUGAAAAAGGGGAGUAAAUAUUACGAGAAUUUAUACCCGGUCAGUGACGUAUACGAAAGCGUCUGGGCUACAACAAUCGCACUAAAUUGGCUACAUAUCUAUUGUAACGAGCAUCGCGAUGAAUGGGCGUUGAUUGAAAUAAAAGCAAAACAAUGGCUGAAAAGACAAAAACUACCCAAAGGUUUUAUGUUAGAGGAUUGCUUUCUUAUUUCUCAGCAGACAUUAAAAAUUUUGAAAAGUACAUCUAGAAGAACUUCAGUAAGCUCGACUACCACAUAACAUGUGUUGUCUUGAUCUACUCUAUAACAUGUACUGCCUCGAUUACUAAGAUUUUUUUUCUGUUUGUGUCUGUUUCUAACUAGGAGCUUCCAUGCCUGCAUGCAUCGGAUAUAAAAGUCAUUUAACUAGAAAGAUAAAGUAUUGCUCAAUCUGUCUAUCAAUACGAAGACCAUCGUAGUUGUUUGAAGUGUGGCUUUUCUGUCCAAUCUCACUUUAUUCAAUUUGCCCUUUGAAAGAUUAACAGUUAAAGAUGAAAGUUUAAAGAAAUAGAAUACGAGUUUACCGACAUUGUUUUAAAACUUUUAGAAACCUUUUAUAUUAAAAUCUCUUAGAUUAUUUAGCUACAAAAAUGUUAAAAAUAUAUA